AUUUUGUGUGGCAGAGAAUGCUAGAACAAGAUAAGCCAGCCAUAUUCCUCUCAUCAUCUCCCAAUCUCUACACACUCAAUCAACAACACUCACACAACCACCACCACCACAACCAGUUCUCUCAACUCUGCAUUCUUCAUCCACAAUGGCUAACAUGAUCAUGGCCUCUUCCAAAACCCUAAUCACCUCCCCACCCACCCCCAAAUCAACCCCCACCCCCAUCCCCUCCCUUACCACCCUCACUCCCAAAUUCUCCUUCUCCAUCCCUCCCAAAACCCUAACCAUUGCCACCACCAUCGCCACCACCCUCGCCGCCACACCCCUCCCCUCCCUCGCCGAAGAAUUCGAAAAAGCACAACUCUUCGACUUCGACCUAACCCUCCCAAUCAUCGCCGCAGAGUUCCUCUUCCUCAUGUUCACACUCGACAAACUAUAUUACUCACCUUUAGGCAACUUCAUGGACAAGCGAGACGCGGAAAUCAAGGAGAAGUUGAGUAGCGUGAAGGACACGUCAACGGAGGUGAAGCAGCUGGAGGAGCAGGCGGCGGCGGUGAUGAGGGCGGCGCGGGCGGAGAUAUCGGCGGCGUUGAAUAAGAUGAAGAAGGAGACGGCGGCGGAGGUGGAUGCGAAGCUGGCGGAGGGAAGGAAGAAGGUGGAGGCGGAGUUGCAGGAGGCGUUGGGGAACUUGGAGAAGCAGAAGGAAGAGACGAUUAAGAGUUUGGAUUCGCAGAUUGCUGCUUUGAGUCAGGAGAUUGUUAACAAGGUCCUUCCUGUUCAAUAAUUUGUGUAAUCUUUUCGGAUUCGGGUUUGGAUUCGGAUUAUAUUUGUAAUGAAGUUGUUAUUACUUGUGAAAUAAUAUUUUUGGUUUGGUUUGGUU